GUCCGGCAGACAAAGCUUCUCAGACUCGGUUUUUUUGAAUACUUCUGAACGGAACUCUGUUAUUGUGAACGCACUUACUAACCUCUCUUAGGUGCCUGCCAACGCAGAAGUCUUGUUGAUCUUCAUCGUCAACGCGAGAAUCAAAUACUGAAAAUUGGUAUCAAAGCAAUCGAAAGCGCGAUAAAUAUCAAUGCAAGAUAGGACCACACGAUUGGGAUUGCAGCUGCAAGAAUACCGAAGAUCAGUAGAAAGCAGCAAGGAAGAACACUAUGAUGGCGCCGUCGACUGCGACGCCAGACACCGUGCGCAUGUCCGCGUCAAUUACCUUCCCCUGCUCCGAGGGCCGCGCAGUAGAGGAGGACCCGGUGGUGGAAAAGAUCAAGGCGAAAUGGAACUGCCCCCGCCUCAGCGACCGGGUAAAGUUCCGGCUGGAUUGGGGCAUGACGGGCGACGAGCAAGACAAAAUUUUGUUCACGCACAAGGAGCUUCUGCACCUUGGCUUGCUGUGGUCCGACCUGGAUCGCGAUAUUUUGCUCUAUGAGGCAACGGAUCCGGCUGAGGAGGAGGAAAAAAAGAAGAAGAAGAAGAAGCAAAACUACAAGCUGGAUAGGCAGAAGAUGCAAAAUGAUAAGAACCUCGCGAACGACGGUACGGGUACUUCUAAACGUGAAAAUGCAAAUGACAGCAUUACGUUAGAGAUGAACGAGACUACGUCCGACUCCGACGAGGAGGUGGAGGAAAGCGAUCCACUGACGCGAUUGAUUGUGACGUACGAGGAUUUUUCGGGCGCUUUUCUCGCGAAGUGCUGGAAGAAACGGUUUGGCGACGCCGUUCCAUACCGGAAUGAGCUCCCGGACAUGACAUUUUUGUCGAUUAUGGCUUUCCGGCCGACAGCAGAAGAUUACACGACCAACAACAAAACGAAAAGUUUAACCUCCCAUGCCUCAGAGGAUACUUGUUGGCUGCGUCUCAGUGACGAAUUGAACGGGAAGAUUUUGGAAACAGACGACGACAUUACGAACCGAAUCAUGCAAAUCUUGGACGACUUUUUCCAAACGGAAAACGCGGAUAAACUGUUCCAAGAAACGAAAACCCCUGGCGUACCGACAGGAGGUGUCCGAGAACCAGAACAAGGACCACAUCCACCACAUGGAGACAGCAAGAACGGUUCGUCCGUGAAGAACGGGAGUCAAAAUCCACUUGAUAUCAUUGAAGUGGAGACGCACCUGCGGUUGAUUUUGACGUUGCCGGACUUUGCCAUCGGCGACAUGCUGCUGCGGCGGCCCAUGCACAGUUGCGAAACGGAGUCGGACCUGCGGAAAAUGUUCGGUUUGUUCGAGUGCGUUUUGGAAAAUUUCCCGCAGCAGGCAGAAACCGAGAAAGACCACCCCCUCGUGGCUGAGGUUCUGUUUCGCUUCGCCCAGAGAGACUGGAAAGUCGCCGCGGAAGUGGACAAACGGACGAAGUGGAUGAUAAAAACAGGAGCGGAAAGGCCGGCCGAGCAGCUCCCGCUUGCUGCGUAUCCCGAUUUUGUGGAAAAAGGGUUGAUGCAGCUUCUCCGUCAUGGAUUUUCCGCAGCUUCUGUUCGGACACCGGCUGGUGCGUACCAUGAGCUGGUCGGCCCCGCGCCGUUUGGGUUCCCUCCGGCCAGGGCGGUCAAAAGUGCGGAGCUGUUUUCUGCCCUUCUUGGCAUGAAGGAUCUGCACGCAUUGGCGGUGGAAAAAAAUCGAGAAGUAAAGGCGGACGGUGACGUGGAUAACUUCACCUCCUUCGAUUUGAAAGCCGCCGCGGAUGUUUUUCUGGAACGACCCGACUUGGCGGAAGCGGCGCGCAUCUACCUCUGUCCCGUGGAAAUGCGGAAAGAGCCCAAGAGCUUCUACAAACUGAAAACCUGGUCAGAGGAAAGGGAGCGAUUUGAGAAGUUGUAUCGCGCACCCAAUCACAAAAAGUGGGCAGAAAUAAUGCGUCUGGCGCCACCAAGACCAACAUCUACAUCUACUCUUCCUUCAGCUGGACGAACUGGAGCUGGUGCUACAACCACGGGGCCGCCAGUACAGCCCCACAUGUGUGAAUUCUCGCCGCUGCCUAACGGUGGAAAAUGACAGCACUUUGCUACAGAUAUAAUAUUGAUAGUCUGUUUCCUGUUUUUCUUGUAAAGUUAGUUUCCUGCCUGCUCGGCCUUAUUCUCAACAAGAACAAAAACAAUCUUCAUACAAGAAUAUGCAAGAACGAAGCCGGGUCCUCAUUACGGAGAUACAGAUAGUGCUCUAACGACCGACAGCUACAAAAAUCAUGCUUGUGCCACUUCUGCAGGACAAAAUCAAAGCUCAACAGAAAAAUAGCGGAUCGUCCAGGAAAUCGUUGAGCUUAAAAAAUGCGUUGAACUUGAAGCAAGAUCCUCAGUCUUUCGCCGAUCGCGUUGAAAUUUGAACAAAACUAAACGUGGUCUUGCAAAAUAAUGUGGAUGAUAGAAAAUUGAAAAGAAGAACAAGACGAAGAACCACGAUGCUCAUUGCGUGUUGCUGCUUCAUCAAUCAAACAAAUUUGUCCUCAC